AUGAAGAGGAGUUUAGCUUCUUCAUCUUCUUCAUCUUCACCUCCAACAAACGCUAGAACAACAACAGAAAGCUGUUCAUCAACACCUCCCAAGCAAAAUGUUUCAGAGAGUAAUAAUAGUAAUAAUCCUCAACAAUGUAGAACUCCAAAGAGAAAGAUGAUAUCUCUGAAAUCUUUGAUGUCCAGUCUGCAUUGCUCUCCGAUUAAACCAAUCAAUACCAACAACAAUAUUUCUGGAUUGUAUGAUAGUAAUGAAGAUCAUGUUGUGGCUUCUUCAAAUAAUUGUACAAGAAUCACCACAUCAAUUAGUAAUGCUGAUAAUAACCAGAUUAGUAACAGAAAUCAAGAGACUCACCUUACACCACCUUUAUUCCCUGUUAGUGACGAAUUAGAUAGAAAGUUAAUGCCAUCACCAAGGAAGAAAAUCACACUUCGAGUUAAAUCUUCCCCUAAGAAUAGUACUAGUAGUAGUUCAGGAACAACAACACCAGCAGCAAAACAUCACGACAAUACCAAAACACCCCUCACCAUUUACAGCACGAGAGUAGCAGACUCUUGUUCAUCAUCUGAUUACCACAGAUCAUCCACAGCAGUCGAAUCACCAUGCCCAUCACAACCAGUUGUUGAAAAUAUUCCCAUGGAUCAAGUAGUUGGUUUCUUCUUUUUAUACGAAAGUCAUGAAAGUUUGAAACAAGCAACUUAUUGUCAGGUUGUGCCAUUAAGGAAAGGUAAAAGUUUGAUAUCAAGAAAGGGGGCUGAUGAAGUAAUUAGAAAUAAGAAAUUACCAUCCUUUGAUCAUUGGAUUUGUAUAGAUAGGACUUAUAUUUCAAGAGUACAUGCUCUAGUAGAGGUAUCGAAUGGAGAGUUUGUAUUUGUAGAGGAUCUCUCAUCCUCAAAUAGUACUCACAUUGUGGAAAAAACUGAAAAGAGGAAGAUUAAUGUAAAUAUUGAAUCUAACAAGUUAUACCAAUUGAGGGAUUGUAAUUAUAUUCUUUUUGGAAAGUUAUUAUGUCAGUAUAGAGAAAAUUCAGAAUUGAGUGAACAAUCAGUAUCUGAAGCUAUGCAGGUUUAUUACAAAUCUUGUAAUGCAACCAAGACACCACAAAAACCAAAGAAAACUCCACAGCUUACCGCUUCUAGAGAUGGAUCUCAGAGACAGAGAAUGUCAACAAUACCUGAGACUCCUGAAUUUAACAGACCUUCAAAACUUCCUUCAAUAAGGGAUAAAAUUGUACCACCAACAGUUUAUGCUGACAGAACAUCCAAAACAUCGGCAUUGGCAUUCGAAACACCAAAACGUAUUCAAGAGUGUUUGAAAACUCAACAAUCAGAAAAUCCAAUCCUCUCCAUUGAACAAACCCCUCCAUCCAUAUCUAAGCCAUCCUCGAGCACAUCGAGUGGUUUUGUAACACCAUCCAAUGUUGUAAUAGUAGAAACUCCAAGCAAUGGUUCAUCAAAUGAUAAGAAAGACUCUCCCCAAGCUAGUGAUCAGAGUGAUCAUCUCAACCUUACAGACAUUGAUCUUUCUUCUUUAAGCUUACCUGAUGAAUUAUUUGAGGACAUUGAAGAACAUGAGGAAAAGAAACAGGAAUCAACCUUAGAGGAUGAAAUGUUGGAGGAUGAAAUAGUUUUAACCGAUUAUGACGAUGAAGAAGAAAAUGAAAGGAAAAGAUCGUUUGAGGAUGAAGAGGAAUCUUUUAUUGCUCCAAAGAAAAAGAAGCUAAAGACAAAGAAGAGCGAUCAUCAAAGUCCACAUAUUUUAUUUACUGGAAUUUCACCAACAGAGGAAAAUAUUAAAGCUAUAGAAAGGUUAGGAGGCGUUCUAGUCGAAGAACCAGAGGCAGAGUUGUUAGCUUCAAGAUUGACUCACCUCAUAACAGACAAGAUCAGAAGGUUUGUAUUUUGCUUUUAA